UCGCGCGCAACCGUGGCGUAGCGAUGGCGGGAUUCUCCAUCGCAUUGCUCUCGCGAUUUCGCGGCUACAUUCGCAGGAAGCUGGAUGUGGAUCCAUCGCAGGUAGGCAGCUGUCUGGAGAAAAGAAGGCGACCAGAGGAAGAGCCGCCGCCUCCUCUCAAGGGAAAAGCCAGAAGGCUCUUCAUCUCUUGCCCUGGCGCCGAUAGGUGCGACUCUGGUGCUGUGGAGUGCGAGGCAAAAGAAGAUCUGGAGCUCUCCGGCGCCAAUCGUGACGGUAAUCAGGGCAAAGGAAAUGGUGUCGCCGCGGACGUGGAUUCUUUGCCGGUAGAUCAAAGGGCUUGUCUCGAAGCCCCAGACGAUCUCCAAGGUGAGACUGUCCUCGAAUUCGAGGCUUCAAAUUUAGUUCCCGACAACGAGGAUCAAAGGCAAGAGGUCGCUCAUGAGCUUGUUCCGAUAGCGCCACACAGUGCUAAAGCCAUCGACGAAGUUUUCCACCAUAGAACAAAGGGACCAAUCCCCAUUCCAAAUUUGCAGAACUACAGGAUAGAAGGCGUGGAAGGCUCGGGAGCUUAUAGCGUGGUUUUUAAGGCGAGGCGCUUUGGAGAUGGCCGGCUCUUUGCCAUCAAGUGUCCACUUCAAGGAGAUAAAAUUGCUGCGAGUGUUGACAAGGAGAUAAAAUUGCUGAAAUUGUUUGGAGGCAAGCACAGCAUAAUCAGGUUGGAGGAAGUCAUUAGAGACGGUGAAAAGAAAUAUCUUGUUCUGGAACAUGUCGAAUACGACAGCAUUCAGUCGCUGAAGAAAGACAUUAGUAUGAAUGAUCUACGAUCGUAUGGUUUUCAUCUGUUCAAAGCGCUGAAUUACAUGCACCAAAAGAACAUUAUACACAGGGAUGUGAAGCCAGGAAAUUUCCUCUAUUCAAGGAAAAGCAAAGUGGGGCAUUUAGUGGAUUUUAAUCUUGCAUUGGAUCUCGCUGGAAGGGCUAAAAGAAGACUGCCAAACCAAAACAGACAGAUGCAAUGCAGUCUGCCAGCCGACAUUACUUUCACAGAGGAACGGAACGCCUUAUUACAGUGCUCUCGACUGGAGGCAGACGCCGAAGAUUUCGAUAAAAUGCUAAAGAGAUUACGUUCGGCUGACUAUAAGUCUCAGGAACACAUGCAGCCUGUGCAGAUGACAAGAAAGCCUCUCAGGGAAUAUGUGACGAGCAAUAUCCCUUCCAACCAGGCUCGCAAGAGAGUGGGUUUGAAGCCGACGUCAGUCACAGAUAUCAAGCCGCUCGCAACAAUCUAUCCGUCUUGUUCUCUCGAUCGACGGAGAAUAGCUUGCGUUGGAACAAAAGGAUAUGGCGCCCCAGAGGUUUUGCUGGGUUCUCCACAAACUGUAAAGGUUGACAUCUGGUCCGCUGCUGUAACGCUACUCCAGAUCGCAACUGGAAAGCUGCCCUUUUCUAACGGUGGAGUCCCCAAGACAAUCCAGGAGAUUGCAAAGCUAUGUGGUACAAGGGAGUUGAAAGAACUCGUGGGAACCAAAAAAACGUGCUUCCUUGAGGAACUGAAACACGAUUGUGAUGGUACCUCCAUAUCCGAGUGGAUCAAAUCACCUGAACUACCUUCUUCUUUUCUCGACCUGAUCAGCAAGUGCCUGAAAGCUAACCCCGAAGAGAGGAUAAGCGCUCGCGAGGCAAUGCAGCACGAGUUUUUCUCUCCUUGUUUGAGAGCAAGGAAAGCUCCCGAGCACCGGCUGCCCCUACGCGUUUGAGCGAGACAAACCGUGCACGACCGACCAGCCAAGGUAGUGGCGCCAGUUAGCAACGCUCUGGAACCAGCACUCACCAUGGAAGCAGGCAUGAGCCACACCGCGUUUUAUCUUAAGACAACGUAACAUGGUACAGAGUUUCGUCAGGCACUUAAAGGGAGUUCAUACGCGCCACAAGGAUCAAAAUCGACCAUUUUGGACCAAGCCCUUGGUUGGAACGGCGCGAUGGGUAAGCCAAACGACCGAGAGAGUAGCAGUGAGAAGUGAGUGAAGCGAUUGACGUGAGUGAAAGGUCUCUCCGAGUUUGGAGCAAGUUGUUUUCUUUUCCUUUCCCAGGCAUUAUAAUGCGAGUGAAGAUGGAUGAGCUCCAUCUCCACGAACAAUCUCCAUCCGGGAGAUAACGCCGAGAAUGAAGGUGGACGUGAGGACACACGCGUUUCGGACCAGGUCAAUGCAAAACAUUCAUGGAUCAUAACAACGCAAUCAAAAGAUCUCCCAGAGCGAAAUUAAACGCAGAGGAGAAAGCAAGGCCCAAGCCGAGCGAGCGAGAAAGAGAAAGAGUUAAUUUAGCGCGGUUGCUGCCUGUAAGUGUUUUGAUGGCCACCUUGAUUGCAUAUGAAAAACUAGAGCCUUGUUACAA